UAGAUGUAUCAUAAACGUGCUGAAAAAAAAUACAGUGAUCAAAUUUGAAACUGAUUAGUUUUAUUGGCGUAGUUUGUUGCCGCAAAAUAUUUAAAUAGUUGUGAACAAUGAAAGAGCGGUAUUAAGACGUUUAAACAGAGGAUAUUGACAUUGAUGUGACAAUUUGACAGUCCUUCACUGAAUCUGUAAACAUUGAGAAGAAUUUCAAAAUGACAAGCAAUUUAAGUAUUUCAACGUUCCAAUUAAUACUUCUGAUUUUACAUGCCAGCACGGGUACCCCAUAUCACACAGAAGAACUAACCCAAUCUGCUCCCAAAAGACCCACUGCAGUUCGAGGCACGGUUGAUUUUAAAAAUGUUACAAUAGAUCUUUCUGGAAACAAUGACUUAAUAUUCGACUAUUACAAAAUUCAGUACAACAAUAAAACUGAGAGAAUAUUUAAUCGCACUGAAGAGAGAGCAGUAUUAUCAGAACUAACGCCUGGCACUCGAUACACUUUCGAGGUUUACACAGUUCUUACUGGAAUUACGAGUGACGGGUUUUCUACAAUAACAACAUUUACACGUCCAGCAGAAGUUGCGUAUGUAUUUAUUGCCAACACGACUAACGACUCUAUAACAAUUGAAUGGAUACAGCCUAAAGAAGGAUAUGCAGACAACUACACUGUCAACUUUGCAUGUAAAAGCCCAAAUGUAAAUGCAACACUAAAGGAAAACCAAACUUAUACAGAGACGGCAUUGUACUCAACCGCAAAAUAUCUAGAUCCCGGAACAAACUGUAGUGUCAGUAUUACAACUAAUAUUGGAGAUCAGGUCGGCAAACCACUACAAGUUCAGCUAAAUGCGACUUCAAAAGAAACAGCGCCUGAAAAUGUUGAAAUAUCAGACACAAAGACUGAUAAAAGAAACUUAACUGUGUCCUGGAGUAAGCCUUUAAAUCCUAAUGGAAUCGUGCGAAAGUACCAAUUUCUUGUUGUUGAUAUGUUCAUGCCUGAACAUUGCCUGAAAGCAAAUUAUACAUAUUUAUGCAAACAUGAUGUGUGCAAAGAUGACGAUAACUACGAAUGCCAGUAUGGUAUUCUACGGGAAAAUCACAAACUUCGUAACAUUUUCGUUAAUAGAAAUCUUUCUACGAUGUAG